AUGGCAGUGGAUAAAAUUAUAUGGAAAAUAUUAUUGGACUUUAUCGUUUUAGCAUGCGUUGGUGUACCCUUACUUAUGAUAUAUUUGUUCGCGGAACCAUUUCACCGUGGAUACUUCGCAGACGAUGACUCCCUCAAACUUCCAUUCAAAGAGCAAACGAUAUCUGAAAGCCUGCUGGCGAGUCUCGGGUUUGCUUUGAAUGUAGUCACUAUAAUAAUAAUGGAGUUGGUACGUGAUAAGCGAGGUAAGGGUAUUGGAGACAAGUUUGUAUCUGGCACAUUAUUCCCUGGCUGGGUUUGGGAAUCUUACUGUGCUAUUGGCGUCUUCACGUUUGGCGCAGCCUGCCAGCAACUUACUGUUAAUUCAGCCAAAUACGUCAUCGGGAGAUUACGACCUCAUUUCUUUGAUGUUUGCCAGCCCAUACCAAACAACACUACAAACACUAUGGGCUACAUCCAAGACUUCACAUGUCUUGGCGCAGAUGCCGCUCAUCUUAAGGACAUGAGGCUGUCAUUUCCUAGCGCUCAUUCAAGUUUCGCUAUGUAUAGCGCUGUAUUCUUCAUAUUAUACGUCCAAGUGAAGGGUAAGUGGCGUGGAUCAAAGCUUCUUCGUCACGCUGUUCAGUUCGCUGUUCUCAUGGCAGCCUGGUAUGUGGGCCUCUCACGUAUAGUAGACCACAUGCACCACUGGAGCGACGUGGCAGUGGGCUUCGCUGUCGGAGCUGUGUAUGGAAUUAUAGUGUUCAUCUUCGUAUUAAAACCGAAGAAGUACGGAGAACCAACGUGGGAACCGCCUCCUCCUGAAAUGUUGCCACGACCAGUGCUCUCGAGAUGA